GGGGACAGCUUUACGAACAAUCUGUUGACCGACCUUGCACCGAUUUUAGCAUUGUUCGGAGAGCAGGUUACCAAGCAGUUUCUAAGCCAGACCAUCACCUGGUACGAUUGCGUGAUCUUCGCCAUCUUUCCGCUUGGCAUCAUCACCACGGUAGUGAGCGCAAUCAGAGUGGCAGCACCGAAUUCCUGGAAAGCCCUUGUUGGUAGAGCAAGGGAAAGCCGUGCUAUGGCCGAACUGGAACUCCUGUCAUCGACGAGCCUGGAGGUCUGCGAGAUGUGGGACGGCCAAGCGAUCGUGCGGGUCAUGGGAUCCCCACAGAUUCUGGAACUGGUGUACGUCAAGGAGAGGAAGGACAAGAAGGAAUGUGGGCUGUACACCUUGCGCGAUGAGAGUGAAAGGGAGACCAAACAUGCAGCCGAUGUCGAAACCCAGAGGCAUUCGCAACCAUUGGAAGGCUUCGACGGAACUGACGGAGCUCCCGCUCCUAACAUAUCCCUCAACCUUGCGCCUCCGCCGUAUUCGCGAAAGCAAUCCUUGCUAUGGUUCGUGGCGUUUGCAGCAUCUCUCCAGCUCGGCGUGCUCGUCUUUUGCGCUAUGGCAAUCUACCAUCCUCCAUGGAUCCCUAGGUUUCGCAAAGACGGCUCGCCAGUUGUGGGCUCGGCAUAUCCAGUGGCAGCUGCUGGAAUCAUCACAACAACAGUCGGUAUGUUCCUGUGCGCCUGGAUCAUCGAACAAAGCACCAAAGAGGAGGCCUGGCAAGCAAAGGCGGAGGAGAGUACUUCGACGGCAGGGGCGGCUCCGGCGGAACCACAGGUCCAUAUUCUGUGGCUGCAGCAACGCAAAAUUGUUAACGACCAAUCCUUCGACUCAUACGCAAUCUUUGCACCGGGCCUUCGCGAUUGUAUCCUGACGUCACGACGAGACGAGAAUAUGGGCAGUCACGGAAGGACUCCACAGCAGUCCGGCGACUCGAUGGUGGAACUCAGCGGACCACACCAGAAACUGGCCAUCAUCGGAGCGGUCACUACCAUCGUCGGAUUUACACUAAGUUUCUCAGGCUUGCGAUUGAUGCACUGGUCUGCGACCAUGGCACAGUUCGUUGGGACUGCGAUAAUGACGUGUGUGAGAAUCUGGUUGCGUCGAGAUUUAGCUGGCCGCCCCGAUGCACAAUGGGUUCUCGAUGGCUAUGAGAUGGAUUGGCUCGCUCUUGAACUUGCGGCAAGAGGGGAAUCGCUUUGG